AUGCGCUCUAUUAUCCUGCUCUUGGCGGCUGUUGAGGUUCUCUCGCCUAUCCCGAUUGCACCCCGCCAAGAGCAUUCCGUUGUCGCGCUCUCCGAUACCAGGCUCGCCGCAGUAGGAGGAAUUCUACCUAACCUAGACAGCGGAGUUGGCUUCAACACAACGGCAUUCAUACAAUUCUACGAUAUUCCCGCCGACUUGUGGUCCGAGCCAAUUGACGCCCCAAUCCAGGUCAAUCAUCCCAACGUUGCAGCCGGGGGUCUGACAGUUGCAUCGGACGGGGCUUGGCGUAAAUACCAUCCCUCCACUGGUGAAUGGACGGCACUGCCACUUAUACCAGCGGGGAAGGCAGCUGGCAGCGCGACCGUUGGCGUGCUGAGCAAUACCAUCGUCCUAGCCGGCGGCAUGCGGACACUGGAGCCUAUAGGAGUUGAAGGACAGCAGGACGCGGUUGACUUUGUAUCGGUGUUUGACACCAAGUCUUGCACCUGGAGGAGCCAUGUCCCGGAAGCGGCAAGAAUUCUGCCCGAGGGACGAGAUCACGCUGCCGGCUCUGUCAUCGGCAGUAGGUUCUACGUCCUGGGCGGCCGUCUCCGUGGCCAGUACAAUGUCAAGGAUACCGUUUUCGUGCUGGAUGUCGACGACAUGGAAGCCGGGUGGGUGACUCGAUGGGUAAGAAUGCCUACAGCACGUGGCGGCGUGGUAGGAGGAAAUUUCGGGGGGAAGGUCUAUGUCUUUGGUGGCGAGGGUAAUACAGCCGAGGGCUCCGACGGCAUGUUUGACAACGUUGAGGUCUACGACGUCGAGCUUGAUACAUGGCAGGAGCUAGGGCCUAUGAGACUUCCCAGGCAUGGUGGUGCUGCUGCAACUGUCGGCGGGAAGAUUUACCUGCACGGAGGAGGCAUCAGGGAGGGCGGUAGCUCGAUUAAUGUGACCGAUGUAUUUAUUGUUACCUAA